GUGGGACACAGCUGCUAGCAAUUGCGAUCUAGCCCACACGGCGUUGUGCUGGGUACAAUGGCGCUCGUGCCUCUCUUGUCGCUGAUCUACGCUGGGACAGUUCUGCACCAGGUGCUGGUCGUAUCAAAGCUGCCGCUGGAUGGCCUCUACACUUGGCACCCCAUUUGCACCAACCUCUUCAUCAUUUUCGCUUCUCUGGGCAUUUGGUCGGCUCAGAGCAUCCGCGGCAAGGCGGCUCUGUCCCGCAGCGCCAAGGAGCCGUACGUGACCCGCCACGGCAUCUUCAACUGGCUGGCUUUGUUCAGCCUGGUGGGGGCCGGAGCCACCAUCUACCUGAACAAGGAGCGCGCUGGCCGUCCGCACUUGGCCACCUACCACGGCGUCGCGGGCGCCUCCGUGGCGGGCUUCUUUGUCAUGAACGUGUUUGGCGGCGGCGCGAUGAACACGGUUCCCUCCCUGUACAAGUACAUCAAGUUCCACAGGCUCAACGGCUACAUCCUGUUCCUGGCGCUGCUGGGCGCACACGGCACCGCGGUGUGGCGGGGGUACGCCGGCUUCAAGACGGAGCCCACCGGCAGGUACGCACUGGUGGGGCUGCUGGGCGCCAUGGGCCUGGCCGUCCUAUCCGGCGUAAAGCUCAGCCUACUGCCGGGUGGCGCCGCCGCCAAGGCAAAGGCCAACUAAGGAUUGUGUGUCGUGAAGCUUUAGGUAAACGCGGUAUAGCAAGGGCUUCUCGGAGAAGACAAAGUGCAUUGAGAUUGUACUGGUAUUGAAGCUGGAGCUCAUGGGCAUUGGCCGGCCGCCGGCGUCACAGCAGCAGCACGGCGGGUGAUGGAGUGGGGAUGCAAUGUCAAUGGGAGGUGACAUUUGUAGUUUACUAAAAUCAAUCGAACCCAGUCCGGGGACAGGUUCGAUUUGUGGUACGAGAGCUGCACCUCCAUGCUUUGCCUAGGGCUUAAGUGCUCUAGUUUGUGAUCAACAGCGCGGAUGUGGAAUGGUGUGGUGCGGUGUGGUGUGGUGUGGGUGCGUGCAAACCGGCAGGUGUGCGGCUUACGCACAAUGAUGUCAACAACUUAUUCCCGGUAGGCAGACAAGAGUCGGCACCGUGCACACUGCGCAGCCAACUCAUGGUGCUCAUCGCGCUUUGGCCAGGGGACGCAAGUGUGCGAUUGGACAGUACACCCCGCUACACUACUCAUUGCGUGUUGCCGAUGUAAUAUGCUGCCACU